GUUGCGGUUCGGCUUGGGUUUCCAUGAAGGCUCCCGGGAUCGGAGCCAUGGAAGCUCGCCCCCUGCCCUUCGCACACCCGGCGGACCUGCUGCGGGCGGACCAGAAGGACGAGCUGUGCCGGGGCGAGCUGCAGCGAAAAGUGCUCGAGGCUUCCGAGGAGCUCCUGGGAAGAAGGGCGCCAGACUGGCAGGAGCCAUUGCGAGUGCUCAGUGAGGCGGCUUAUGCCUCGGCCACUGCGGCCUCCGGCAGCAGCCUGGGGGAGGAGUACUCCGAGCUGCUGCUGGUGGAUCGCCGCCUUCGCCCGGCCGCCGCCUGGCGCCGCCUCGCGGCGCCCGCGCUGGGCGCGCUGAGCGCCUGGCUGAUGCCGCGUUGGGAGUGGGCGCCGCUACUUCUGCGGCUCCACUUGGCGCUGUUCUACCUCUUCGGGCGGUUCCGGCACCUGCCCGAGCGCCUGCUGGGGCUGAGGGCCCUGAGCCUCGCAGAGCGGCCGUACAGGAGCUUCAGCUACCGGCCCCUGGGCGUCCUCCUCUUGGCGCAGGUCCUGGGCCAAGCGCUCGCCAAGCUGCAGCGCAGGUCGGCCGCCGCCGACAGCGGCGGUCUCCUGGGCGCCGCGGCGGUGCGCACCGCCUGCGGCCCGGCGCCGAAGCUGCGACUGGCGCGUGGGAGCCCGCUGUGCAACAUCUGCUUUUGCCCCGCAGAGCAUGUUACGGCCACCAGCUGCGGUCACUUGUUCUGCUGGGACUGCAUUGCCAGCUGGUGCGCCAUCAAAGCCUCCUGCCCGCUCUGCCGCGCCAGCUGCCCCCCGCAGAAGCUGCUGCCGCUGCUGCAUUACGAGGCCAACGUGAGGGCCUUCCGGGCUGACUUCGGCUUCGCCUUCGAGGCCUUCGAGGAUGCCGUCCGAGCUUCGCACGGCUGCAGCACCGUGGACGUUGAGGAGGCGGAGAUCGAGGACAGCCCCGCUUUGGCGGACACCCGGCUAGGCAAGAAUUUUCAAUUGGCUGCGGAGGUGGUGGAAGCUCAUAUGAGGGCAGUGGCCAUCAUGGGCUCGCUCCGCGGUGGUGACGCCAUGAAGUCGAUGUUGCUCUGGUUUCCUCAGGAGGAUGUCAUCCUGGCCUUUCGCAAGCUCUACCCAGCCGAAUGGCGGCAGCGCCUGGCGGAGGGCAAGCAGCACGGAGCCUACAACCACAAGGCCUCCAUCCCGCCUCUGGUAGGAUACGGGCUGGACCCAGACGCCCACUUGUCAUCAUCCCUGCAAUGGACCGCUGCGGCAACCCCGUUGGAAGUUCUUCCCACGUUGGAUGACGACCUAUGGUACGCGGCUAGCAUGGUGAUGGACAAUCACAACUUGAAGGAACGUCGGCGAGCGUCCAUCGGCGCCAUCAAGGAGCUGAAGCGCAGGAUCACCAACCAGUACGGGGGCUCCAGCCGAGCCAGUGCCAGCCUCCUGUCGGCCUUUGAUGUGUUAGAGGCCUUUGAGCGGCUAAUCGACCCCUUCGUGAGCGGCGCCCGGCGCGCCCGGAGAGUCUACGCGGGAGACCCCUCCACGCUCUCGGCGGAAGCGGCCACGGGCCGGGUGCAGGCGGGCCCGUUGCCCCGCAAGAGGUCAGCUUGCCCCUUGCCCUAA